AUGGAGUUUGAAGAAGAAGGGUAUCGAUUUCAUCCAAGAGAUUCAGAGUUAUUCACAUACCUUCUUAGGUUUAUCGCUCAAAAAGAUUUGUGUGACAAUGGUUUUAUUACGGAGUGUGAUGUUUACAAACAAGAACCUUUGGUAACUUAUGGCGAUGUCGAUACUAAUAUUUUUCGAUACUUUAUUUCCCCGAGGCAUAAGAAAAAUAAAAGUGAUAAGAGAUUUUGCAGAGUUGUAGGUAAUAAUCUUGGGACUUGGAAACAGCAAGAUAAGGGGAAAUGGGUUAGGAGUAAACAGAGCAAGCCUUUGAAUAUGGGACGCAAGAAGAGUCUCAAUUAUGAUACUAAGAUGUGUUGUCCCGAUGAUGGAAAGUGGCUCAUGAAGGAAUAUGUUUUUUGCGAAGCUAUUCUUAAAAAGUUCAAAAACUCUAAUUUUAGAGAUUAUUGUAUUUGUGCUAUAAAAAUGAAAAAUUCUGCUAAUACUUCUCAAAGUAGUAAUGUGAGUACAGCUGUUGUGGAUUUUUCUGAUGAACAGAAGUUGGAUACAGAGGUGUUUUCAGGGGUAAAUUCUGUUGAGCAGCGGAUGGAUCAGGAAUAUAAGGCGAUCACUCCUAUCAAUAUUGUUGAACCAGUGUUGCAAAUUCAAGAGUCUUCAUCAGAUGAAGAGAAGAUCAAUGCUCUUCAAGAACCAAAAAUCAAUGCUCUAUUAGAAUCUAAUGAUCCUGAACUAACGCAAAUGUGGAAUGAGGACUAUGGGAUGAUCAAUCAUCCUAUCAAUGUCGUUGAAAAUCCAGCGAUGGAAGUUGAUGAUGUUGAGGUGCAAAUUCAAGAAGCUGCUGGUGAAGGAAAUGGUGUUUUGGAAUUUGAGAACACAAUACCAGAAAAUAAUCUGCCUAAGGAACCAGCACACCUGCAGCAAGGUUUUAUUGUUGGUGUAAAUGAGGACUGUAAUGCAUAUUCGGAACUUCAAACCAAUAAUACAAGCUUUGUUGGACUACUAACUGGUUGUGGGGACUCUUCAAUCAGGAACAAUUGGGAGCUAAAUAAUUUUUCACCAAUUCAAGAACCUAUGAUUCCUGACUUUGCGAAUGUCAAGUCAAAUAUAACUAUGCCUGAAACAUAUGGUACUUUGGCUGAAUAUAUGGAUGCCGAUGUAUUGAUGAAUCCGGACAAUAAGCUGAUCAAUGCUUUUGAUUUUUCUAAACAAGCAAUAGUAGAAUCUAAUCAACAUCAGGAGCAGAUCACUCAAAAGGCUGCUGGUGAAGCGAAUGGUCUGUUGGGGCAAACUGUGCCUUUAUUUCAAAUUCAAGAAUUUGUGAUGCCAGAAAAUAACGUGCCUGAAAUGUUCGAUAUGGGUUACACAUUGUCGGAGAAGAGUCAGACACAACAUCAACUAAAACCACAAGAAGAAUCUAUGACACUUUGUGAAACAGAAAAAUCCAAUUUUGUUGAUGACCUUACAGAAGCCUUGUUAGAUGAUGUGCCUCUGAAUGAUAGAUUGGAUGCAAAUAGGGAGAUUACGAGUACAUUAUUGCUGGACCAACAAUCUUGGCAGUCUAACGCGCAUUUACAAGAUUUGCUGCUCUGA